GGCACUUGCAGUGGCCAACAUGAAGCGUGACACCCAGAACCAGGCAGUGGCAUGGUGCGAGAGCAAAGGUUUCAACUCCCUGCAGGAAGUCAUUGAGGCCUUUGACGAAUUUGCCACUGGCUUGGGGUUAAAGCCCUUGGAGAAGAGACGACUUGAGAAGGCGGUGAACGGAGCCAUUGAAAGAUAUGGCGGUGGCGCUCCGAAGGACAAAGAUCCAGCCAAGGAGGCUUCCAUCGCACGAGCAGACUCUACGCAGGCCCCGCAGGAAGCGGUAGCAGCCACUGCGGAGAAGAAAGAUGAACCUGCAGGCACGAACAAUGUGCCAAGCAAAGAUGCACCGGAGACGGCGAAGGAGGCUCCGAGCGAAGCCCCCAAGGAAGAAGCACCGAAAGAGGCAGUGGUGGAGGA